AUGGCUGAUGCUGUAGCUGCCCGUCGUGAAGCUCGUAGGAAAAGAAUAUUAGAGAAUUCUCAUAAUAGGCUGCAGCUUAUAUCAGGAAAAUGCGACGAUGAUUGUCCUAGAGAAUCUCCAAUCAGAAGUGUAAUUCCUGAACAAAUUCGAGAGAUAUCGGUUACACCGGAAAACGUUUGCAUAUUAAAUAGAUCUUUGAUAAAUAAUGGUGUGGUUCUGCCUGAAACAAUUGACACCUUCUUAGUCAAUCAUGACAACGCAAUUCACGACGUUGCGGCAGGUGAUGGAGAGGUACCUGAUGAUUUGGCACCCUUUACAUCGACAUCAUUGACACAGGAGCCGACACCAACAUCAUGUCUUUGGGAGAAGGUUACGAAUUACAGAUAUGAUAUUGUUUUGUUGUCACUUAUAAUGCAAUUAUUAUAUGGUUUAACAUUGGUUACAUUUGAGGAUACUUACUUUUUCCUGCCAAUAUUAAUUUAUGUUAUAACAAAGAUGAUAUGGUUUCCGGCGCAAAGCAGUACAUUGACUGAGCAAUAUCUAACAAUAGCCGGCUAG